AUGGCAUUUUUUCAAUUAGUUCUCCAAGCGAGGAAGCUAGAGAAAGCUAGAUUGAGGUACGAAGAUGAGAAAUUGAGAUCGAUUGAGAUCUUCGAGGGUGUCAAGCCGCAUCUGACUUUGAAGCAGCGUCUCCGACGAAAGAGAUUAAAAUACAGAAAGAAGUUUAAGCAUUUUUGGAAUCGAAUAAUUUCUCCAUUAAAGCAUCUAUGGAUUUAUAAAAAAGUGAGACUUCUUCGUAUAGAUGGUUCGCUUGAAAAUUAUACUCUGAAGAGUAUUUUUGGGUUCUUGUUUGGUAUAUUUCUUACAUAUAUGUUUUUCGUGUUCUUCGUGAUUCAACUAAGUUUUACUCUCUCGUCUGCAACGAUAUUGUGCUCGAUCCUCGGAAUGAUUCUCACACUCGGUUUGGCGUUUUCUCAUCGUGUAAGGUGUAUCGUGUUUCUGUUGCUACCGCAAUUCUUUUCUAAACGUGGUAGACAGGCCUUGAUAGCCUAUGCCUUUAUUCUAACACUUACCGGACCGGCAAAGAAUGUCUUGCAUAAUAUUAGUGUCCUUUCGGAAUCUUUAGCCUGUGGACAGGAACAAUUAAAGCAAGCCGUGAAGAAUGUAGUUGAUUUAGUAAAAGAACCCUUCUACGCUUUGAGAGACGCGAUAUCGAAAGUAAUAAAGAUGGUAAAGAUGGUCAUGAAGAAAAUUAAGCAAACUCUCGUGGCUAUCAAACGACUCGUACUAAGUAUACUAAGAGUGAUCACGUCGGUUUUCCAAUGGCUGGGCAACGUUGUGAAUAUUUGCAACAAGAAGCUGGGUACGCCGUUCGACAGGUGUCAGAGAGUCUUUGAAGGUGCGGUAGAUGACUGCAAGGCGAAACUCGGUCCCCUUUUCGGAGGGGUUUGCAAUCUGACGUACGUCGUCGGUGCUUUGUGCUACGCAGUGAAACCUCUAGACUUCAUCUGCAUACUCGUAUCUUAUGUCGCCGAUACUAUAGUUAACGCUGUACAGGAAAAGAUCAAAAGAUUCACUCGCCACAUAAAAGCGAUGUUCUACGUUAAAGUGAAAUUUUCGCAUUCUUUCCAUUUUGAGACGAACCAAACUAAAACCAUCGAAGACGUAUCAACUGGUAUAAUUACAGAGAUACGAGAGAGGACCGAUAGAUUUUUAGCUGUAUUUGAUUGGAUGAGUUUCGGGACCACUUUCUUUAUUUUCUUCAUGCUGCUAAGGAUUUUGCGUUAUCGGCAUAAAUGGCUGACGAGCGAUCGUUUCGAUAAUCGCUACUUAACUGAUGAUCUGCGCACUAUCGAUCUAAUAAGAACACGUCAGGAUAAGGAAACCAUUUUGCCGUUAAACCGCCGCGAAAGAAAUCGAUACAUCCCAUUGACGUCCGUCACUCUGAUCAAAGUAGAAAAAAUAAAGCUCGCGAAAUCUGUAGUUUUUUUGGGCUUAACGACGUUUAAAAUCUGCAUUCAUAUGAUGGCGGAUUACAGUCUUUAUUGGAUUCUUAGCACUAUCAGGUAUCACGGACGGAUUGAAACAAAGGUCCAACGACCCAAUUUCGUGAGCGUCCAUGUGUCUGGUGACGGCUAUCUCGCCGACCUUUAUCGAAGCAUCGUGAAAGCCUUCACGCCACACGCGAAGGAUAUAGAGAUCGAUACGAUACCCUGCCUCCCAGAUCCCAUCCCUCCAAAUUUAGAUCGGUAUACGCAGAUUGUGACGUUGAUCGCCUUCUGCUGGAUUAUGGCGAUAUUUGAACCGUACGGAUUACGAUUGCGGCAUGUCGUGAUGUGCAAAUAUCACCCGGAAAGAGCAAAGCAAAGAGCUGCUUGGUUGUAUAAUCAUAUAAUUAGAUCGAGAGGAAGCUUUCUGAAAUUUGCACGACGCCAGUUGCGCCGCAAGUUCGGCAUGAGCGAGGGCGAGAGAAUCGAGAGAGUCACGUUCAGAGAACGAUGUCUGGCUAUUUGCCCUUUCCUGAACAAAUUGUUCCCUCAAAAGCAGAACGUGUGUCUCCUGUGCGGUUCCGUGGAACGUUCCGAUCGGGAACCGCACAUUAAAUGUGCCACGCCAGGCUGCCUCGGUUUAUUCUGCAUCCAAUGCUUCGCAGACUUGCAGAAUCUCUGCACGAUUUGCCGAUCGCCUAUCGAGUACGGCGAUUUGUCGGAUAUUAGCGAGGAGCGAGAUUCAUCGGAUGAGCAAUUGAUUGCAAGAAAGGAACCUAUGCCAAUAAGUACUUAUGUCGAUGAAAAAGAAGAACUAAUUGAAGAAGAAAAACCAAAAGAAGAAGAACCAAAAGAAGAAGAAAUAGAAGAAGAAAUACCGGAAAAAAGGGUACCAGAAGAAAUAAUACCGGAAGAAAAAGUGCCAGAGGAAAAAAUACCGGAAAAAAGAAUAUCUGAAGAAAUGAAAGAGGAAAGAAUAGUUGUUGAAAAGAAAAAUGUAGCAGUCCAAACGGACGAUGAUAGCAGUGAAAGUAGUUCUGAGUCGGUCUAUAGUUAUACUUAUCAAGAAGGAUCGCGAGAGAUCGAAGUCGAGCAUCAGAAAAUGCCAUUCAAAGACAUCGAAGCGCAGAAAAUAAGAGAAGACGUUACGAUUCAAAUUUUUAACGAGCCAUUGGCGAAGGAAGUUACUUCGAGCAGCGAGGAUCCAACGUCCUGUUUCGUGGUGAGAGCUCGUAGGAGGCUUCGUACCAGAUUGAAAAGGAAAUCCUGCUCUUCCCCGCGCAAGAACGAUUCCAGCUCGUCUACGUCAAUAGCGGACACCGAGUCUUGCGCUACACAAGAGCUAGAUGAAGAAGAGGUAAUUCACAUUGAGAUAGACGACAGCUCAAAGGAAUUACUCUUAAAAGACGGUACUGCCAAAGCAAGAAAACGAAGUAGUCGCGUAGGAAGAAUCCUUGCUGCACUCACAAAAAUUUCUUGGCUCGGCAAAAGAACGACGACCGAUAGCGACGGCAAAUGGCGAAUGAGAAAACCGUCUCUCCUAGAUAGAAUAGUACGGAUGCUUUCUGGAAAUCAAUCUACCUCGCCUGUACAAACGUAUCGACGAAUUCGUACUACGAAAAAAGAUGCGAAGCAUAAGAGCUCUUCCUCCGUUUCCUCGUCUUCCACCGAUGAAGAGAACGAACAGCACGCGCUCUUAAAGACGCACGAUCGGCAAGUAAAUUGUUUGCAAAUCAUUUCAGAUCAUGACGAUUCCGAGGAUAACAUUUACAGCAGAAAUUAUGAUUCGCAUCGUGCACGACGCGGAACGAUCUGUCGCCAACCAGAUUCUCACGUGAGAGCUGACGAUGUAAGACUGAGACACCCUCACGAGAAGAAAUUUACGAUGAAAAAGUUACCAAGAUAUCUUCAGCCAAUUUCGAAGGAUACGGCGUAUUUCGAAGUGAACGAGAUUAAAGAUUCGCAAUCGAAACGAGGAUGUGUUCUUCCGACGGAACGUGUUAAUAUUUUAUCAAAUACCAGAAUAUUCGACAAUCAAAAAAUAGACAAAUCAAACGUCACUAGUGAUGAUUACACUCAAAUUCCUUGUUCGUGCAUGUCACAAACAUCUUGCGAUGUCAAAGAUAGCAUAAGUCAAUCGGAUGUGAGUGUUACAGAACAAACUAAUGAAAUGUCUAAAACAGACGCAAUGUCGGAAACGAAAUUCUUGACUACUGAUUGGGAAAGAUUAGAUCAAAAAAAGAAAGCAGAAGAAAUUGUCACUACGGAAGAAACAUCGAUAGAUAGUGAAAUAGAACAACAAAGAGGUAAAGCUCUAAUCGAAAAUAAUCGAAGGGGAUCGUUAGCGAAAAAUAGCAAAACAAUUGCGGAAUUAAAUAAUUUUGCAGAAGAAAUAGGUGUGAGAAAAUACUUUGUCAAAAAGAAACAAACUGAAGAAUUAUCUAGCGAAAAAAAAGCCAGAAAAGAAGUAAUAGCAUCACCUUCGGAAGUAAAUGAAAAAGCUCGAUUGUACGAUCCGUUGGCUAGUUCGGAGUUGUACAGCGUCACGUGCCAAGUAAAAAGACGCGAAAAACCUGCCAUGGAAAAAUUAACGAAGCAAUCGGGAACGGCAGAAAUACGUAUUGACGAUAGAAAGUCGGCGGAAUUUGAAGAAGAUAUUGAAAUGGAACAAAAAAGUGUUCAGGUUUCCGCGCAUGAAACUAAAAAAUCUGCACUCGAAAAAAGUAUUCAAACGGAUCUGCGAAAAUCUGAAAAAUACAAAAAGUGUGAUAAGAUGUUGCAUAUCGACACGCAAUUUUCCAGAGCAGCUGACUUAGAAAAGAAAAAGAAAAAAGAAAACAGAAGACAUGAAAAAUGGAUCGAUAAAUAUAAACGUAAACAGAGAGAACCUGAUAGUAGUUCACCACGGAAAAAACAAAAAUAUUGCAAUAAGCCAACAUUGAUUAAAGAAAAGCUUUAUGAUAGAAGAAAGCAAGGAAUGAUUUACAGCCGCGAUAUGCAAAUUCAUGGACAUCCCAGUACACGACACGCGGAAGACUUUCUUUGUGUAAGUCGCACAGAAUGCUGUGCUGAUAGUAUUCGAAGACGGAGAAGAAUCGUUCCUCCGUUAAGAUCAUUAGCUGAAUUAAGAGAAGAUCGUCAAACUCAGUGUAAUCUUCGCGACAGGGAAGAUACUCAAAGCAGGAAAGAUGAUGCCUGCGAUCUGAAGUCUGCAAACAAGCCAAAAGUCUGGUCUUGUCAUGUUCAACCACAAUUUACAGCAUCUAAACAAAUAGCUUGCUGUCAAGAUUAUCAACGGAAACUUUUGAGUUCAUAUAAUAAUGAUUUAUCAGAAAAGAAAUCACAGCAUGUAAAAAAGAAGUACGAUGUUAAUGUACGUAAAACCAGAUUAGAAGUACCUAUGUUGAAGAAAUAUCUACCUGCGUAUCAAACGCCAGGUUUAAUAGAAGAGCUGAAAGAACACGAUAGAAUGAGAUUAAUUCAAGAACGAGAAGCUAGAAGAUGGACGGCUUUGAGCGCUCUUCGAAAUACGAAGGAUUCUCUCUCGAGUACAAAAUCGAAGGAGUGGGCAUACGGUACUUCUGUAAUGUGCGAUGAAAGCGUUAGCAGACUAACUUCGGUCUCCACAAGACUGACCGAGGGGAAUACCCUUCCAUAUCAAGAAACGCAAACUUUCAAAGACGUGGUGCGAGAGUUUCGGAAGAAAGUGAUGAAAACUGACAAGCCUCUAAUAUCUUUAUCUCAGCGCGCAGACAAAUGUAAAGAUCUGAAACAAUUAUUUCCUCCGAAAAAUGAUCAUGAAAUUACGACGACGUCGAAGUUUAAGAAAGUAAACAAGUUUAAGCCAAAGUGUGAUAAACGCGAAAGAGAAGAAGAGUAUACUACAAUAUAUGACGCAACUCAAAAAUUUCAAAGUGAAUCGUUUAGCGAGAUCUCAUCGGUUUGCAGUUACUGCGAACAUCGUCGAUUUGAUGUUUCAACUUCGGCUGACGAAACCACAGAUAAUAAUGUUGAUAUCUCAUAA